AGCUUAAGCUUGCAAAGGCUUGACACGUCCGGGCAUCAUUUUCUUAUGGAAUUCCUAAAGAUUAAAUAAAUUAAAUAAAUGAUUGACGACUUCGCGCCCCUCCGUACCUAAAAAGGCUUGCCGAACCAACGACGAACCCAACCUUCAAUACACCACAUGUGCAGCAGAUAACAAGCCUUCUGCGAAGUUAAUUAGCGGUGCAUACGCGUUGCAUCGCAAAGCAGUCUUUCUCUCGGUGCCCUGCGCGACGAUGCGAUAGAAACCGAGAGUGGAACAAUGGCGGACGAGGUUACCACCACUAUUCAGGAAGCCUUCCGGGAUUUGAAUAGGGAACUGCUUUACGUGGUCGAGGCACUGAAGGAAGACCGAGAAAAUCAAGGGCCAUUCUUUUUAUCACAACUUGCCCAGAAUGAGGCCCUAGAAAUCCUCCGUGACAGCUUCAAGCGAUUCCUGGAAAAACCUGCGAGGAAAAAGGAAAGCCGAGAUGCUGUCUUGUCAGGGAAAAUUAAUAUCUUCGACGACGAGUAUUCCCUGAAUAAGGACUUCCAAGAGCUUGUCUUGCAAGUUGCCGACGGCCUCGAUUUGGAUGAGCUCGAAGCAGCCAAGCUGACCAUUCUUUCGAAAGAUGACGAAGCUAUACUGGGGCGUCCGCUGAGAGAGUGUGCCGUGAUAAGAUUUCAUUACCAAAGGAACAUCCUGCUGAACUGCGUGUUACUGCUCCUGCAGCUUUCCAAGGAAGAGGAUGAACUUCUGGCUGAAGAUGUCGGUGAUGGUCUUGGAUAUCUUAGCCAAUAUGUUAGCGAGAACAUUCUCCGAGAAAACCUGCCUGGCAUUACCAAUACGACGCCUCAACCUCGAUUCGUACCUGCGUGUAUGACUUCGAUGAGUGAGAUAAGGACAUGGCUUCAAAACCUCACUGAACAGGCCGCAAGCGCUUCCGUACUGGGUCGCGCGGGUGACGCUCAAUUUCAGCAGCUCCUUGAGGUGUCAUAUAUAAAUCUUAUCCAACAACAUGAACUCCUUGCGGUUAUUCUCUGCUACGCAAUCGAAAAGCACGUGGCUAUUGAGGAUGACUUCACCAGAUUUCUUGGGGUUCUGAAGCAAAUCAAUAGAUACGACUCGUGCGCUGUACAUCUCAUACCUGUGCUCGGCAGCUACAUAACGAUUUUUGGCUCGACAGAGGGUAGCGGAAAUAUCGAGCAAGCCAGAAAACUGAACAAGCUUGUUUGUGAGCCGGGAGAUGAUACACGGCCAUUACCUUUCCUCAAUGCUGCUAUCAGGGCCUGGUGGAUCGCCGAAUAUAGCGGAUGGUAUAUGGAAGAUGCUGCCGGUUCAGGUCUUGCCGGCGUCGAUCUUGAUGAAGAGGAUAAGCAAAGGUCACGACAGUUCGCCGAGGCCCUGAAAGAUGGUGCUUUCGAUUUCCUGCUGGCGGUUAUCGCCGACGUCAGGGCAUCUGAAUGGGAAGAUUCUGCUCGGAAAUCUUUACGGCAAUGGCUCCGAAAAAGAACCCCAGCGCUGCCCGUAGAUACUAUCCCAUUUUCUGAAUCUCUACAAGAUCAUUUGGCAACAAAGCUGGAGACUUUUGUUGACGCCUUUAUAUCAAAUAUGCCCGACGUGCUUCGGAGGUUGAAAAUUGAGGAAGACGAGCAGCGCCAAACGAAUCAAGCUCAAGAGCAAGACUACGAUUUAGAAAGGUUCCUUCUCAUAAUUGCCUACUCCUUUGAAGGCCGACCGGAGGCCGCAGAUGGCUUCUGGGGCGACCCCGAGAAUAACUUGGCGGGAUUUCUGCAAUGGGCAUCGCGGAGGGCAACAACACCUGUACAGGCUGCAUUUUGUGAGAUGCUACAGUCCUUAUCCGAAGACUCAGAAUCUGCAACAGCUGCACAUGAUUUUCUCGCGGAUGAAGGGCAUCAGAUUCGAAAACCGCUAUCCAUCACAUGGUCUCAUAUCAUAAACGAACUGGAAUAUUUUGUUAACAAAUCCAGAGAGAAGCCCGCCACAACACAAGCCAGUGUGCAUAGAACUGGAAAGCUUAAUACCGAGCAGGCGGAGACUGAACCGGAAUUUGCAGCGAUGCUGGAGUCUUAUUUGAGGCUGAUGGCCAAGCUCGCUUCUCAAAGCGAAGCUGCACGCACUUAUCUGGUUGACCAACCAGCGUCAAAGCUAAUUGAGCUACUCUUUCAUGUGAUAAGUAGUCAGGUUACAUCUCGAAUUAGAGCAUGCACCUUUGCAGCAUUGGGCUCACUUCUUAGUCGAAAAACCCUUACUGAGAACUACACUAUGUGGUGGUAUCUAGAAGCGUGCCUCAGUGGAAACUACCUUCCGCCUACAACAAAUAAGGCCCUGGCAUCUGCCGCAGGCUCCCCGCACUCUUCUAUGUUUAUGGAGGCAUUAUUCGAAGAGAUGAGCCCGCAUGUCGAUGACGCCAGCGCCUUUAUACAACUCCUCGUCAGUUUGACGUCUCUCCCAGAGGGCUCUGAUCCGUUAAACGACGUACUACCGUAUCCGGGGGAUCUCGGUGCAUCUGCUCGAAUGCGUCCUGGAGUCGAGCCAUAUAUCGACUUUACUUUAGGACACAUGUUUUCCGUUCGAGCCCAAGCUGUUACGGAACUUGUACAGCAGAGAUUGCUCCGUUUGUGUUGCUUGGAUCUCUCAUUCACUUGCGUUUCUAUCUUCAACGAGGAUUUGAUUAUAUUCGCCAAUGAGACCAAUAUCAAUGCGGAUUCCGCUAUCCAGUGCGAAAGUCUAGAUGACUAUGUUACGCUUCAUCCAUUUGCUAGGGUCAUGGAGUGGAUGUACGAUAGCAGGUUCAUGAAAGGCAUUCUCGAUACCAUACAUCAAAACCCAAAGGACAUAGAGAAAGCUCCACCGGAUUCACCUCUCAUUCAUAGCGUUCUACGUGCAGUCCAGCUCAUCUCAAAGGCUCUCGAUCUUCAAGCUACGUACCUUGAUGUGGUACGGCCAAAGGUAAAGCCGCAAGCUCGAGCGCAAAGUCGAUCACUCUAUACGCCAACACCCAAUGGGGCAUAUGUUUCCAUUGAAGAUGGCCUUAUGAGUAACAUGACGUUGAUGUCUGAUCUGGGUAGCUAUUGUGGUAUAGGCCACCCUGAUUUGACCUUGGCCAGUCUAAAGCUACUGGAGAAAAUAUCAACGUCACCCAGGGUAAUUUCGGCGUGGCAGUCUGGACCUUCAGGGCAGGUCCAUAGAAACAAAGCGGUUAUUGCCUUGGAGGAGCGUAACGACGCAGCUGCCAUAGCCGGCUCUUUUAUUGCUGAGUUUAAGAAUUUCUUGGACCUCCGCAAGGAAGACAGGUCGCCAGAGUACCAGACCAAAGUCUACAUACUCAAUUUCAUCUACUCUUGCAUAGAAGCGAGCCCCGAUCGGCCUACAAUUGCUCACCUACUCCUCGGUUUUCGUUGCGGGGCCAACGCGCUCGAAAUCGAACCCCAUGGCUUGUUCGCCGAGGGGAAGUCUCUAUUUCACGCGCUGCUACCUGUGAUUCUGGAGCUUCCGUCAGAGGACAGAGGGUCUAUGCGGAGUUGGUUCAUCAAUCUCAAGUACAAGGUGAUGCGAAUUUUCAGGCUACUCUGGAGCUCUCCACUAUCAGCUAGUAUCGUCCUCGACGAACUCCGAGACUCUGACUUUCUGUUCCAUAUUCUGAUACAGGGUCUUGUAGCUCAGCAAAACCCCGUAUGGGAUGAACAGGAAGCUGUCGGCCCAGACUUCCUCAGACAUCCUGCGGCCGAGGGGUACGUCAAUUACCUUUCAAUGAGGGCUAUGGCACUUGAGUAUAUUACCCGCGAGCUCCAUGCUGUCUCUCUUGAACGCAAGCCGGCGCUCAAGAGACGGGUAUUCGAUGCCCUGGGCGGUCAGAUCAGAGUUGACGAUUUGGAGGUUAUAACGGUAUCUUCAGUAUUCGAGUUUCAAGAUUCGUUGCCUCAGGAGAGUUUAUUCGCAGCCCCACCACCUGAUCUCAAGAUAUACGGAGAACAAGAUCUGCGGCCGUGCCUAGAAGAGGAUGACGACCGGAAUAUGGUAUAUGAUUUGGACAAAGUCCGAGAGAUUCUGCUCCUCAAGCGCAACGAGGCUCGCAACUCUGGCCAUGUUAUUCUACAGCAAGACGUUGCAGCUUUAGACGCAGAAGAGGAAAAUCUGCUGCUGUACUUGAAGUACUUGAAUCGGUUCACACAAGUAAAAACGCGCGGGCUUAAAGUUCUGACAAAUUGGACACGACUCUUGAUGGUGAUGACCGACUGCAACGACUUCAAAGGCACAAACAAAGUCUCAUUUAUAUUACAAAUCCUACAAGCAACACUUCCAAGUCUCGAGCUGUACAGUUCGGAGAACCCUAGUGCCGCUCUAGAACUAGCAAGGCUUGCCAAAGUGUUAGUAUUCGAACUGGAUUUCGCAGCGAUGACUUCUACCGACAAACAAAGUAGAACGGUGGAAAACCUGAUUAGCGACAAGCUUUUCCAACUACUCCAGGUGUGCCUAAGCGCCAUCGCAAAAUGGGUCGGCAAUCAAGAACUGCGUGCGGUCUAUUACAGUAUUUGCUACCGUCACCUGACUGGGCUUGUGGAUCACGAACAAGGAGUGUCGUCUAGUCUCCGAAAAACAACUAGAACAAUACAAUCGUUCGGUGAAAAGCUUUUAAAUGUCGUCUGCGAUGACGCGUUUGUCGGAGACGCGGCAUGCCAAUCGGCAGCUUUGAUUCUCCUAGGAACGUUGGUUCAGCUUGGCAAGCAGGAGCACGAUAACUUCGUUGUAGAAGCAUUGAACAGACUGAACUUCAUCGGUAUACUUGUAGAUUCUCUACGAGGCAUUCUGGUUGAAUGGGAAGAGGCUGAUCGGACAGGUGACUCAGAUCAGCAGAACUAUCUGAACGCCAAAAUGGCACUACUAUUGCAGUUAUGUCAGACGCGCGAGGGUGCUAAGUAUGUUCUACAUGCGAAUCUAUUCCGCACUAUCGAACAAUCUGGAUUGUUUUCGGUGGAUCCAGAAUUGCAAGUGGAUUCUACAGACAGCAGAGGCUUGGAGAGGCACUAUACCCUCCUAGUUAACAUAACCCGCAUCAUCGGUGCGGCGAUAGUUAGUCGGGGAUCGCAUAACGUGCUACAGGGCAGACGGUUCCUGACCGAGCACAGAAUGUUGGUGAUGCAUGUCCUCAAACGUUCGGCCGGAAUUGGUACAGGAGGUGGGAAAACGGAUGCAUUACUUUCGGGACGCGUCGAUGAAUUAGCUGAGGCGUUUAUGGUCGUUAUCACAGCGACCGGAUUUCUAGAGUUUGAGGGCGGUAGCCUAGAUGAGGCCACAAGGCCUGCGCCGAUCCUAUUUCACUAAGGGCAAGGCAGACAAGUGAAAUUGGAAAAAAUUAUAAAACGUCUAGGGGAGGAGAUGAUAUAGUCCAGCCCAAAUUUCCCAACGGCGUUAUAGGAGAAAAAAAAAAGAGAGAGAGAGAUGCCUUGGGUACCUAUGUAAUUUAAUAGAUCAAUCCCACGGUAAGCUGAUAGCUUAGGUCUAGGUAGCGUUUGUAGUUGCAGCCUCGUGGCUGAAAGCUGAUCUGAGACACGAGAGCUAUCUACGAAGUAAGGCAUCUGCGAGCAUGAUAUGCAUUGCAUAGAGUAGCACUAAGGGCAAAGCAGCAUAAGGCGGAAUGCAUGGAAACUUCCAUGUUAAUUCACAAUAAUUAUUGCGUCUGUGUGUAAACCGUCGAUCCCCGAGUAUCGUCAUGUGACUAAACCUAGGUAGUCUGGUAGGUAGUCCAUUAGUGUAAUGAAUUGGAUGCUGG